UUCCACGAGCCAAAAGCAAGCUAAGUCCGGCUUCCCAAAAGCGUAUUGUCUGCGAAAUACAAUCGCCAGGAAAAGGGCUUACCAGGUAACAAGACUUUGCUCAGAGACGCUCUCGUCCAAAUCAAGGGUUUCCCAACUGUGUUGCGUGCACGGGACAGCAGGACUGACUUAACUGUUCUCUUAAAACAAGAAAAACACUGCCUGUUUACAGAAUUAAGUUUGAUGUCUUAUACACUUCUAGCAUAUAACUACUCUUUAUUUUCAUGUUUUGGCAUAUUUUACAAUUGAAGUUGAAAUUCAGGAUAAAAAGUCAGUUGUUACGACUUUUUUCUAGGAAGAAUGUUAGGUUUUAUCCUGGGAAGAGGCCUAGGAAGUUUUUUUCAACUUGCUAAUGGAACCUGUUUCCAUGUAGAGUUGGCAAAUUUCAUUCCACAUAGCAAAAGCCCCCAAAAUUCACUUGGUAGGAAUGGCGGAAGGAGAGUCUCAAACAGUGACGAUGGACCCUCGCCCCCCAGCUGGACUCCCGGGCAGCUCUUCUCAAGAUUCCCACGCUUGCUCUGUCUUCCCCUUUUCCUCUGAUGAAGUCUUUCAAAGACAACUUGAUCACGGGACCGAAACCGAGACUCGUGUUGGCCUGCCUGCAGAACAGCUUCCCGAGCCGAAGGUCCUGGUGAAGGGUCAGGUCGGAGCAGAGUCUGUGGCCUGCUCCCCCUGCCCUUCCGCUCAGAGCCUGGGGAUCUGCCUUCUCCACCGGCCUCACGGGACUGCCGGCCCCACGUUGUGAGAGCAGCCGCGGGAGAGGUGACAGGCCACCAACGGAACCUGUCCAAUGACCUGGAAUGAAGCAAAGCCUUCCUAGGCUCCCUCUUGUCUGGAAAAGCAAAGGGCUGUCCAGAGGUGCUUGGAGGUGGCAGAAAUACACUAGUGCCAGUCGUGGGCACCUUCCAACGUCCUGAAAAGUCACUGAUUUCUGCCCAAACACCGAAGCCUGAGACCGAGCAUCGCAGCAUGGGAGAUGAUCACCCAGUCCCGCAGAGAGAGAGAGAGAGGAGCCAUUGGCUCCGUUGUGAUCAUGUGAUGUUCCGCAUCAUGUACCACUGGUAGUGCAAGACCCCGCCCGUUUAUCAAGUUAAACUUAUCAGAGGUGUUUGCUCGCCUUGGCAGAACACUCGCAGAACGAGCUCCUCGCAGUCCAAGGUGUUACUGUACUUUCUUGUUGGGAACUUAAUGGGCACGAUGUUCGCGCGGGGGGUGAAGAGGAAGAGCGCCGAGGACGCAGAGGAGGCGGCGGCGGGCGGGCGGGCCGCGCCCUCCUACUCCCUGCAGCGGCAGUCGCUCCUGGACAUGUCCCUCGUCAAGCUCCAGCUGUGCCACAUGCUGGUCGAGCCCAACCUCUGCCGCUCGGUCCUCAUCGCCAACACGGUCCGGCAGAUCCAGGAAGAGAUGACGCAGGACGGGACCUGGCGGCUGGUGGCACCCCCGGCCGCAGGGCGCGCGCCCCUGGACCGCCUCGUCUCCACGGAGAUCCUGUGCCGAGCGGGGCGGGAGCAGGAGGGCGAGGGGGCCGGCCCCGCGCCAGACCCGGCCCCGGGACAGGCCCCCAGGCGCCCGCAGAGCAGCUCCUGGGAAGGGGACGGCCCCCGGGAGGGCAGGGGGGGCUUCCAGAAGUCGCUGGAUCAGAUCUUUGAAACGCUGGAGAGCAAAACGCCCGGGUGCGUGGAAGAGCUGUUUUCGGACGUGGACAGCUCCUACUACGACCUGGACGCCGUGCUGACCGGCAUGGUGGGCGGCGCGCCCCCUGGGCCCGCGCUCCCGGCCUUCGCGCCCGCGCCCGCCGCGCCCCCCGGGUCCAGCUGCAGGUCGGAUCUGGGCGAGCUGGAGCACGCGGUGGAGAUCCUGGUGGAGACCUGAGGGCGGCGGCCGGUGCGACCCGUGGCGGGGGGGGGCGCCCGACGCCUCCGGAGCCGGUGGCCUGGGCAUCUGCGGGCUCAGCCUCGGGCCCGUCUGCGAUGAGGGGAACGUUCCAGAACAGCCCCCCGGUGGCCCGUCCCCUCUCUCCUCCUCCAGCUGGCCGGCCUGGCGCCCGCAGGCCCCCCGUGCUGGCCCCUCCGGCCUCCGUCCGCCGCCGGCUGGGUGUCCAGCCUUGUUUAACUUUAGAUAGGUGAAGUUUUUUAAAUUAAGUUUUCUAUGUUUUGGGCAAUAUUUUGUCUGAAGAUAUAUUUUUUAGACUUUUUAUACUUUUAUCUUUUUUAGACUUUGUCAGCUAUUCAAAGUAUAUUUUUCCUGUAAACGUUUCCUGCUGCUACGUUAGAAACUUAUAACCUGAACAGUUGCAGUUGGUGUAUUUCAUUUUUUAAGGUUUAAAUAAGGACUUCGUUUUACGUGGACCUUCACGCUGGCCGGGUAGCGCCUCCCACACGAGGGUCCUUCCCAGCUCCGCUGUGCCAGCCGCUGCGUCUUCGUUAGAAUCACAUGUGGAUUGCAGGGGGUUUAUUUAUGCCUAUUUAUAUGUAAGUGGUGGAGGGGAAGGUCCCAUCCUGCCUACCCGGGGCGCUGGGGGGCCCUCCUGUGCGUGUUCCCGGCAUGGACUGGCCUUUCCGUGGGGGCUGCCGCCUGCCAGCGUGCCCCGCUGCUGUCGAGUCUGAACAGUAAUCCAGGGGAACCUCACGGAAAGGGAGUCAGGAGGCCAGGAGGGGGCUUUCACGCUGCACCUCUGGACACUGAGUAUGGCCGGUCACAGACCCGACCGAAGACCCUUCAACAGGAAGGAGUCAGCGCCGGGCCCGCAGGAAAAGAUGCACGUUGCCUCUCCCACCAGAGACCGACGGCCCAGAAACCACUCAGCCAGCGAGAAGCCCUCAUCGCCCUGGACUCUGCUUUGCUCCAGUGGCUUCUGUUCAAAGCAGCCCUCUCGGCUCCCUCCUGUCUCCAUAAGUGACGUGGCCCCCACUUGUUUGUGGGACUUGCCUACGGUUCUUCUGUAGCUUGCUUAUCCCGGGUCACGAUUCUGUGAUUCCUGAAUAAACCCAUUUUGCUGAUAAAAUAACUUUUAUUUUUAAGGUCAACACUAGCCGGGCUGCUCUGUGCCGAGUGACGCUAGCGCUGGGACAGAACUGUCAGGUGACGUCACGUUAAGUCCAGAAUUAGAGACAUCUGGACUCUUGUCAUGUAUGGCCCCUCAGUUCUGAGGGCAGUUAAUGGUGGGGUUGGCGGGGCAGUGCCACUUAGACGAGCUUUGGUGCACCGUGCGUGCACCCCGAGCCUGCCCUGGACACUGGGAGCGCCCACACCGUCUGUGUUUUUUUUUUUUUUUUACCAGUAAGACUGUACUCUCCCCGCCCCACCCCUGCCCAGCUGGUUUCUCAUGCUUUUUCUUCCUUAUCCAGCCCUUAGCCAAAAAGGUUUGUUUUCUUUCAUGCAUAGGACCAUUCUUUAAUAUCAGUCAUGUAUCCGUCAUUUUAUUAAAAAAUUAUCCAACAAACA